CGAUACAUUCAGCAAGCGUCUUCCAAAGAUGGCGGGUGCUCGAGAUCCUCUAGAAGAUAUGCUCUACUCCGAAGUGGAUGAAAAAGCAGUCAGUGAUCUUGUGGGUUCCCUAGAGUCGCAACUUGUUGGGCAAAAUAGUUUAACUGCCUCUCAGAGCGAAGUCAGGAGAGCAGGGGCAUCAGGCACUGUUAAUCACCACUUGGGAAAAUUGCUACCCGCUCAAUUGGGAACCACACAGGAACAACGCCAAACAGGACUCCACAAAGUGGAGCAAAUUCAGGAGGUCAGUUCUAAAGACUUCAACGAGAGGAUAUCGAUUUCUAAUUCUGUUUCUUCCUCUCUAAAUGUUUCCAACAACACUGGGUCUUCGGUGAUAGCUACGAAUCGUUUGCAAUCACAUGCGAUAUCAAACAACAUAGUCCCCAAUCCAACACCUGGAGUUGUAACUUUGCCAUCUCCGAUCUGUUCAAGUGACGCAGCAGUUGUAGCACAAACAAAUACUGUCCCUAACAACAACCAUAUUACUUCAACCAUACGGACUGUUUCUUCAAGAAUACAGAGUGUCAACGGGAACAGUGGGACCGUAACGUUAAACUCUCCCGUUGUUGCUUCUGCGCCCGGCUCUGUAGUGGGCUUACAAGCCGAGGUAUCCAGAACGGUAGCAGAUAGUAGUGUAAACAGUGUUGUCAUUGGCUCUGGAGCGGGUAACGGUAGCUCCAACAUGUCUGUUUCUGAAAGCGCCAAUACCGUUGGUGUUGUUGCGCAGUCCAAUCAUGUACUAUCACAGCCUGUUAUUUCUACAGAAAGUCACGCGACCUCUGCGAUUGCACUGAACCGGCCUCCGAAUCCGGCUGUACCAAACACUGUACAUAACGCAAGUGACUCACAAGGCUCUGCGCUGCCUGUUCAGGGCGUCAGAACGGUCCCUCCUUCUGUCUCAGGCGGGCCAUUAACAAAUACUGAAACUAGCGUAGUGAAGUCUGACUCUCCCAACCACAUAAAAACCAUCGUCCCAAACCAUCACUCUAACAACUCCGCAAACUUACAGCCCAUUACUCCAGCUCCAGUUGUUACUCCUACCGUUACCGUGCAGUCAGGUUCUGUGGUUGCCCAAGUUCCAGUGGCAAGCACUCCUGCCAGUGUCACGACUUUGGCAAAACCGACGACAAAUGUAGUAGGUCAGACCACCACUCUGUUGAGACCCUGUGCCCCAUCAACAGGAGUAGCCACGGCAACGCCACCCCAACGACCUGGGGUUGUGACCACUCCCAGGGCAGUGGCACCUCAGCUGAUAGUUCGUCCUCAGCAACAAACGACUAUUCAGUUACCUCCUGGAUUCACAAUACCACCAGGCAUGGUGCUGGUUCGCACUGAGGCGGGUCAGUUGGUUAUGGUACCUCAGCAAGUUCUGGCCCAGGUCCAGGCUCAGAACCAGGCUAAGAACAACUUGUCUCCAAGACCUGCCACUCCUACCGCUGGACCCACCUUCAGAGUCACUGCUCCUGCCGUGCAGUCCCCUGGCACCCCACAGGCCGUAAGAUCGGCUUCCCCUGCCCAGGCUAAAGUGGUACAGACUCUGAACCCCUCAAGUCCUGCUCUCCAGAAAACCUCGGUGAUGACGGUCACUCCCCCUCAGAAACCCAUGUCAGUGAUCACAGCUGGCCAGAGCACCCCAUCUACCAAGACCUCCGCCUCCACACCCAAACCUGCUGUCACACUGCAGACUAGCAAAACGACCCCGGCAACGUCAGCCACGCCCACAUCUGGAGCCCCUGUCCUCUCUCAGGAAAUGCAAGAAAAUGUGAAAAAGUGUAAAAACUUCCUUGCCACUUUGAUCAAACUGGCAUCACAUAAUUCCCCCUCUCCUGAAACGUCUCGGAAUGUGAAGGCGCUGGUUCAGGACCUGCUGGAUGCUAAAAUUGAGCCUGAGGAGUUUACAAAUCGUCUCCAGAGUGAACUGAAAUCUUCUCCUCAGCCUUACUUGGUUCCCUUUCUCAAGAAAAGCCUACCAGCACUGCGACUCACCCUCCUCAACUCCCAGCAGUCUCUGACACAGCUGUCGUCUCCCCCCACCCCGGCUGUGACGGUGGUUAAGGCUUGCCCCCCCAGCACUCUGGCCACUGUGGUGCCCGCAGUCCGGCCUGCCAUCGUCUCUGCCGCUGCCCAUGGCCAGACGGCCACUCUGGCCCUUAAGAGGCCGGGCACUCAGGUGAAUCAGACUCGCAUGCCUGUGGUGAUAACGCAGACGAUGCGACCGCAAGUGGGGAGAGGACCAACAAUACAAGUGAGGGGCCCUGUGGAUGUUACUGUUCAGGCCUCAGCCAAUCAGAAACAGAAGCUGAAUGACCCUGGGGGUGGAACUUUCAGGGAUGACGAUGACAUCAACGACGUGGCCUCCAUGGCCGGGGUAAACCUGAACGAGGAGAACGCUCGUAUUUUAGCCACGGGCUCUGAGCUGGUGGGAACCCAGAUUCGCUCCUGUAAGGACGAGGCGUUCCUGCCCACGGCCCUGCUCCACAAACGCAUGGUCGAGACGGCAAGAAGAUUUGGUGUGACUGAGGUGUCAGUGGAAGCAGUGAGCCUUGUUUCUCACGCCACCCAGGCCAGACUGCGUAACCUGCUGGAGAUGGUGUCUGCUAUCUCCCAGCACCGCGCUGACUCGUUCAAGGACGAGCAGCAUUACGAGCAGUCGUCAGACGUCAGAGCCCAGCUCAAGUUUUUCGAGCAACUGGAGAGACUGGAGAAGCAGAGGAAAGACGACGAGGAAAGAGAGAUCCUGCUGAAAGCUGCCAAAAGUCGCUCGAGGCAGGAGGACCCAGAGCAGGCUCGACUCAAGCAGAAAGCGAAGGAGAUGCAGCAACAGGAGCUGGCUCAGAUGAGACAAAGGGAUGCCAACCUCACAGCGCUUGCCGCUAUUGGACCGCGAAAGAAACGGAAGCUGGACAAUCUGGAAGCCUCUGGGACAGAGGCUGAUGGAGAUGGCCCCGGAGGCUCGGCGCCCAGCUCAUCUUCCUCAUCCGCGCUUUCGUCACGCCAGCUCUCCCGCCAGCGCAUAACACGGGUCAACCUCAGAGACUUCAUCUUCUGCAUGGAGCAGGAGAGAACCAUGGCCAAAUCAAUGCUGCUUUACAAGGCCCUGCUGAAAUAGGGUCCCUCAUCUUCCCUCUCCGCUCCGACAGCAGGCCAUCACAUCCAGUCUGCCCCAACCCCCUUUCCUAGCC